CACGUGGACACACGUGUAUGCACGCGAAAUUAUCAAAUUCGGAAUAACUUUAGCGCGACCGGCGAUUGUUUCCGACUUUGCGUCGUACGAAAUUGCUUACUUGGCGGGAAAAAUAAAUGACGUGUGACAUGUGACGUAGUCGACGGAAAGUAGUUUCGAUAGUGGUCGGUGCGGGAGCGUUUUGAUUCGGUGAAAAUGACGUCGUCUCGAAUUUUGACUUUGAGUUUCAUUUUAGACCUCUCGCUGAUCUCGUCCGUAAGAAUUAACCACUUGGCGGUUCCGGAGGUGGUCAAGCAAGGCCAGUCGGCGAUCUUGGACUGCGACUAUAGCGUAGACGGUCAAAAAGACGAUGGACUCGUGGUGAAAUGGUUUUUCAACGAAAACCCUUACCCGGUGUACCAGUGGAUCCCUUACGGCAAACCGCAAGAGCUAGGCGUACUAAAAGGCAGACUCAAUUUGGAUUACGUCGCCGCGUCGGGGCCGUUCAGUCAACACAGAGCGCUGCUCAUCACCAGAGUAGGAGUGGAAUUAUCGGGAAAUUAUACGUGCUCCGUAUCGACGUUCGUCGACGAAGACAGCCGGACUAAAAGCCUGCUGGUGUUCGCGCCCGGCAAAGAAAUGGAACUGAGGAUUUUUUACGCGCAAGACGAAAACGCGCGUCACCGCGUGGUCUGUGAAGUCGACGAGGUGUUUCCAAGGCCCACCAUGCGGAUUUCUAUUAACGAAAGCGAAGCGAAAAACGCGACGUUGACAGUGGCAGCGAGGCGGGACGGUUUUUUCGACGUCGAGUUAGUGGCGGAGCUGCCGGAACUGCCCGACGGUACGCGAUUUGCUUGCGAACUUUACAUUCCUCGUGCGAAUUACACCGUGAAGAAAGAAGUCGUCGCCUACGGGUUGGAUUCGGUUCCGAGGGCUUCAAGUUGGCGCACUUCCGCUCUUCCAUGCUGGUCGCUAAUGACAGUUCUAAGUCGGUUAAUAUUGUAAGACUUUUUCUUUUAAUGCAAAAUGCAUCGAGAAAUGGAUAUUCAACCCCAAGGCCCGUAAACACAACAGGUUGCCUUACGAUUCCCCCCACCUCAGUCACCGCUAAUAGGUGACGUCACUCGGUGACCGUUUCAACUACUUUUCUGUGUAUCGCGGUUAUUGUCUUGUUCAUAAAAUAUUUAAAUAGUAAAAUAUAGCAAGAGGCUAUAGAGUUUUUAAACUAUAAAAAGAUGUAGCCUUCCCUAACGAAAAUGCGAACAUCAUGAACGUUUUAUAAAUACUAAACUUUCUCUUACUUUUUGUUUUGUCUGUUGUUAUUUUAUUUAUUUAUUAUUUAUUUAUGUUAUGAAAAUUUUCAACACUUCUGUUCAAUAAUUUUUGCCUUUGCUUGUAAAAUGAUAUUUGACUGCUAUCGUUCCGCUGUCAGUGCAAACACCCAGUGUAUCGUCAGGUAGAUAUAUGUCGUUUCCAUCAUUGAACUAAGAAUUAUUGCUUGAGAAAUACAUUGUUACAUCGAAAAAAAUUGUCUAUAUAAUGUAAACGCGACAAUUGUGUUUACGGAUCUUGAUUUACACCGACCGGACAGCUGUGUGUGCUGUGCAUCAACAGUUGAUGAAUUUUAUAUACAGUACAGUCCUGAUUAUCCGCAACCAUGUGGACCAAAGUGAAGUGUAAAUCCGUUUUUUUUUUAAGUUUAGGAUACGUGUGUCAUUAGAUCGAUUUAACGAUGUUUAUGAAAUAAUUUACUUCAAUUUAUGUUUAUAUUAAAAAAAAAACAUAGAGCAAAUAAUGUAUUUCUAUUAUUCAAAAAAUGUUUGAACAUAUUAUUAGGUACAUAGAUACAUAUGUACAUUAAUAAAAGACAUGUUCUUCUUUUCCUUCUUUACUUCUAUGGCCACGACUACCAGGAUCAUUCGGCCAAAAGGCAUGUUUAAAUUAUCUUAAAAAUGAGGCGUUUUUUAACUACAUUCAUUUGACAAUGCUUGACCGCAAUAUCUCUCCAACGUUCUUGUUUUUCUGCUUAAGUUAACGCUUUCUGCAAGGCCUAUGGUCCUUCUGAAUGUGACAUUCUUACUGGAAUAUUGUCAGUGGCUUUUACGUCGUCAUCAUCGUCAUCACUGUUUUUUUCAUCAUUUCUGCAAACACUCUUAAUUAUUUCUUGGUCGCUGUUUAAAACCAUUUAUAAACUUCUGUUGCCGGCAUUUUGGUGAAAAUUUGCCAUAAACUUUCAUCAGUUGAAUCAAUUUUCACCAGGAUUUUUUCAGGGUACUAGCUUUUACUUAAUUCCAAAGCUGAAGCUAUCCAAUAUACAAACAUUUUCCAAGUUUUUUUGGAUGCAAAUACGUUUUUGAUAAGUUUGUAACAAGGAGCUCCAACUCUCGUAUAACGCGUUUCGUUUCGGUUAGUCCAAAUAUUUGUUUUUUAAUAGUCAGAAAAUUCAGAUUCUGAUAAUCGGGAUUGUACUAUGCUUAAAUAAACCCCCCCUAUCAUUUCGUUAAUAAACAAUGUCAAAAUUGAUCACUUAUUCUGAAUCCAAUACUGAACAAACCUAAGCCUUGUAUAAAAAAAACUAACUAUAGAAGGGUCAACUUUAUACAAACAUUUAUCGACUGGCUAACCUCUAAACAACUCUCCGACAUCUCCCUUUUUUAAUAAAAAAAAAUCUUCCAUAGCAAAACAAAAAGAAAUGCUAUGGUACAGAAAUGAAAGUCUGACGUUAAGUAAUCACACAAAGAGUAUACUUACCUUACAGCGAUUUACAUUUUUUCAAAAUAAAAACAAAAUUGGCCUUUUGUGUGUAAAACUUCCAAGUGAUACAAACCUACAAGAAGAGAAUCAAGACUUUCCGUCAUUUAAUGAGAUUAUUGCGGUUGGUGCUUUGAAGUGUGUUGUUUUGAGUUACCGAAUCUUAAGGAAAGCUGCAAUCAU